UAAUUUUAAAAGACCGCGCGGAACAAUUAGCACACAUGAAAACCAUAAGUACACGUACAAACACCAACACAAUACAUAAAAAUAAAUAUAAAUUGUAGCCUAGUGUACAGUUGUUAACUCCAGUUAACUUUCCUCCAUAAUAACCGUCAAUUUUUUUUAUCCGCUAAAACUUAAGUUUUUAAAAACAAUUCAAUUCGUCGUCAAAAAUAUCAGAAGUCGUUUAAAAAAAAAAUUUCACACUCAUAUACAUAAAUAUAUAAAUAUAUGUGCAUAUACAUAUACAUGAUACAUUUGGCAUUGCGUGCGGGGCAGUGGGGAAUAUCUAUUUAUAAAAAAAGUCUCAGGGGAUGAUCUACGCGACGCCCACGCCCCAAGUGGCUACGUAACAUUUAUUUAUUUGUUAAUAAAUAAUGUAUCUAGUUAUUUAAAAAUAAAGCCGGGUAAUAAUUACUCAGGAGUAAUAAUAAAAUACACAAUUUAUUUAUACGGCCAUAAAGUUAUUUAAAUACUUGUAGGUUAGAGUACUGAGUUUAAGUGAUCGUUAUCACAAACGAUAAUAUUCUAUGUAAAUAAUAGAGAUGUCGUUUCGUGUCGUACGUAGCAGCAAAUUCCGCCACGUUUACGGAACAUCAUUGAAAAGAGAACAAUGUUACGAUAAUAUAAGAGUAUCAAAGUCAUCAUGGGAUUCAACAUUUUGUGCAGUUAAUCCGAAAUUUUUGGCUAUUAUUGUUGAGUCUGCUGGAGGUGGUGCUUUUAUUGUACUCCCGCACAACAAGGUUGGCAGGAUAUCCGCAGAUCAUCCGCUAGUAGGCGGCCACAAAGGUCCUGUUUUAGAUAUCGCCUGGUGUCCGCACAAUGACAAUGUAAUUGCAUCGGGUUCUGAGGACUGCGUUGUAAAAGUAUGGCAGAUUCCGGACAGUGGAAUUUCCCGCACACUGACGGAGCCAGUUGUCGACCUGCAGCUGCAUCAGCGAAGAGUUGGUCUGGUGCUCUGGCAUCCAACGGCCCUGAAUGUCCUGCUGACCGCGGGCUCGGAUAAUCUUGUGAUCAUAUGGAACGUGGGGACUGGCGAGGCCAUCGUUAAAAUAAAUUGUCAUCCUGAUGUCGUUUACUCCGCGUGCUGGAACUGGGACGGCUCGAGAUUGGUCACUACCUGUAAGGAUAAAAAAAUACGGAUCGUUGAUCCGAGGUCUGGUGAAAUACUUGAGGAAGCUAUUGCUCAUGAAGGAAGUAAAGCUACAAGAGCUAUAUUUUUGAGAGGCGGUUUAAUAUUCACAACAGGGUUCAGUAAAAUGUCUGAACGUCAGUAUUCGUUACGAGCACCUGAUAUGCUGGGUGAACCAAUAGUUAUGGUAGAAUUGGAUACCAGCAAUGGUGUUAUGUUUCCACUUUACGAUCCAGACACGAGUCUUGUUUAUUUAUGCGGGAAAGGUGAUUCUGUUAUUCGUUACUUUGAAAUAACUCCAGAGCCACCUUUCGUUCACUAUAUCAAUACCUUCCAAACACCCGAUCCACAACGUGGUAUCGGAAUGAUGCCAAAACGCGGCUGUGACGUUAAUAGUUGUGAAAUAAGUCGAUUUUACCGUUUAAAUAAUUCUGGCUUCUGCCAAGUUAUUUCAAUGACUGUACCAAGAAAGUCGGAAUUAUUUCAAGAAGAUUUAUAUCCCGAUACACCUGGUGAUACUGCGGCGAUAUCUGCAGAAGAAUGGGCUGCUGGUACUGAUGCAGAGCCGAUUUUAAUAUCGUUAAGAGAUGGUUAUCAGCCGACAACAUCUAAAAGCGAAUUGAAAUGUACCAAGAAAGCAAAUGUACUGGGAAAAAGUACUAAAGUUGGUGCUAAUGCACAAAAUUCAUCCCAAAAUAGUGCUAAUUUUGAGGAUAUUAUAAAAGAAUUUUCUGAAGAAAUAAGAAAAUUAAAAGCCGUUAUCGUAAAACACGAAGGAAGAAUUCGUGUACUUGAAUCAGCAGUUGCAUUACAAAUGAAAGAAGAUGAAAGAGAGCGGAAUGAUAACAAAAAACCAUCAUCUCCAGCAGAAAAAGAAUUUCUGGCAUCUGAUGAAGUAUGAUGAGUUAUCAUACGUGAUAUUUUUUAUGAAAAUUUUACGGAAAUUUAAAAAAAAACGAAAACGAAUGAAAUCAUAUUGAUAAGACGGACUAUGGUUCUUUUAAUUUAAAAAUACUAAAUUAAAUAAAAUAUUUAAAAUGUAAAUGACAAAAUAAGAUCGUAUUAUAUUUAAAUAAUUGAAGUAACUAAAGAUUCUAAAUGAAUUAAAUUAAAAGAAAGUUAAAUAUUUAAAAGUAAACGAAUGAUUCGUGUAAAUAUUAGAUAGUUAGCCGAGUUGCCUUAAUUAAUAUUCCGAUCAACUUUUUUUUUUGCUACGAUCUUUGUUAUUUAUUAUAUUGUAUUUUACAUCGUUAAAUCAUCGUGCCUAUUUACCUGUUUUUACUGAUGACAUUUUAUUCGAAUCUGUAUUUUUAACAUUAUUAUUAUUUUAAUAAUUAUUAUUAAUAUUAUUAUUAUUAUUAUACAUAUGUAUAGGUGAGCUCAACGACAAAGCAUCUCGUUACCUGCUAAUAUCAUUAACAUGACAAUGUUAUAUAUUUAUAUAUAUAUAACGUUAUUUUUUGAAACUUUUAAUGACAAAAACAAUAAAUAAUAAUAAAUAUUUACUAUUGUGAAAUAUUAAAUAAAUAACUCUAGCACAAAAAACGUGCCUCCAUUUGUAUAAAAAAAUAAAAUGAAUCUCUUGUAAAAAAUAUCAAGAG